UUCUAUUUUACACCUAUUCUUCAUUUUAACAGCUUAAUUUAGAUAUAAUUUGCAUACUAUACAAUCGACCCACUUAAAGUGUAUAAUCCAGUGGUUUUUAGUGUAGUCACAGAGUUGUGGAACCAUUGCAACAGUCAAUUUUAGAACAUUUUCAGCACCCCAAAGAGAAAUUCCAUACCCAUUAGCAGUCACUCUCCAUUUCCCCCUAAUUUUCCCAGCUCUAGGCAACUACUAAUCUAAUUUCUCUCUGCCUAUUCUGGACAUCAUAUAAAUGAAAUCAUAUGCUAUGGGGGCUUUUAGUCUGGCUUCUUAAACUUGGCAUAAUGUUUUCAAGGUUCAUCCAGGUCGUAGCAUGUAUUAGUUCUUCAUUCCUUGUUUUGGCUGAAUAGUAAUUCCUUUCUAUGGAUAGACCACAAUUUGUUUAUGCAUUCAUCAGUUGAUGGACAUUUGGCUUGUUUCCAGUUUUUGUUAUUAUGAAUAUUACUGCUACAAACAUUUACAUACAAGCUUUUAGGUGGACAGGUUUUCAUUUCUCUUGGCUAUAUACCUAGGAGUAGAAUUUCUGGGUCAUAGGGUACUUCUAUGUUUAAUAUUUUAAGAAACUGCCAGACUGCUUUCAGAGCAGUUACACCAUUUUAUAUUCCCACCAGUAGUGUAUAAGGGUUGUAGUUUCUCCAUUUCCUUGCAAACACUUGUUUUCUGGCUUUUUGAUUAUAACCAUUCUCUUGGGUGUGAGUUGGUUAUUUCAUUGUGGUUUUGGUUUCCAGUUCCCUGAUGGUUAAUCAAUAGGGAGCACCUUUUCAUGUGUUUAUUGGCCAUUUGUGUAUCUUCUUUGGAGGAAUGUCUAUUCAGAUCCUUAACCAAUUUUAAAUUGGGUUAUUUGCUUUAUUGUUACUGAGUUGUAAGGGUUACAACCAGGGCUUUGAAUCAUUUCUUCCCAGUUCAUUCAUGGCUGAGGAAGCGACACAGGAACAGAUUCAAAUUUUUAAAAUUUGGGUAAAUCAGAACAAGAGAAAUUACAGGUUGAAGCACUGCUAGAAACAUAAUCUCCCUCUUAGAAAACAAGGGCAGCACAUGUGUUGCAUAGCAACCAAAUCUUUUGCCCAUUGGAUUUUGCUCAGAGUCGGAAACAGCGGUGGCUCACUCAAAGGUGGCUGCUGACAGUGCCAUUUUGAAUGUGUGUCGCUCUCCUCAGUCCUGCCAAUAAUCCAAUCUCAUGCAUCAGGCCCCUGAAAGGUCUCACUCUGCCUCUUCUGAGUCUCUUAUUCCAGGGCUUUGACCAGUAAUUUUUCCUGUUCUAGUUAGGUUCUGGAUCACCUAAAGUUUAAAAAUUUGGAUCUGUUCUGGUUUUGCUUGGCCAUGACUGAAGUGGUUCAAACCUGUUCGAAGCCCUGGUUACAGCUAUUGCUAAUGAUAAUUUUUUUUGUGUGUGUUACGAUUUUCUGCAUAUAAUCACUUAUCUGAGAAAGUCUCUGAAGAUACUGGAAAUCUUCCCUGCUUGAUCGCUGUGGUUCAUAGGAGGAACUGUGCACUCUGGUGACUGAUGAAGAAAUGCGUUAGUAAAUAGGUCUUCAUCGAAGGCAGGGCCAGAUGGCAUGCCACAGGGCCCUGCCCUCAGGCCUCUCAGCACCACUCAAGUGUUGCACUUUAAUUUUAGUGUUUUAUCACUGCCUGAAUGGGAGUGUAGGAGGCAUGCCUAUCAGAUUAUAGAUGAUGAUGGUGAUAAAACUGGGAGGAGGUGGCAGAUAGAUAGGGUAAUGGAAUCAAGAUUUGACCCUCUGGAAUGAUGGGCUGAAAUUUAUAAGGUGAUGGUUCGUAAGGAGAAAUGUCGAGGGGUGAGAUGUCUGUGACAAAGUGUUUUCAUGAGAAAAAGAGCUUCAGGUUUUGGGGUGACCAAGAGGCGUGAAUGUGCCCGCUUACUCUAGUAAUAUAUAGGAAAUAGGGCUCUUCUGUGGUUUAGUAUCGAUUCUAAACAUGAAUGCCAUAUUUUUACACAAAUAACGCACAUUUUCUAUGUUUGCCAACCGGUUCCUCCCCCAGCAAGGUAUUUUCACAAGUGUACUAUGCUAAUUUUUUUUUUUUAAACAGCAACAUGUAAAACAAAAUGGCACAGCGGCAUUUAUGAAAAUACCUCACGGCGCGGGGGCAAACAAACAUAGAAGAUGCGUUAUUUGCAUAAAAAUACGGGUCUGGGUUAAAGAAGACCCAGUCCUGUGGUCGGGGUCAGUCCCCUAAGCCUGGAUUAUAGUUGGUGCUGGAUGCUCAAGAGGAAGAAAGCUGAUGUGCAUAUGGAGCCCUGGCACGCUGGAGCUUUUCAGUGAAAGCAGGAUUUCUAAAAGGAACCAUCUGUAACCCUGGACCACGAAAAUCUAUGUCUAAGCUGCUGUACAUCCGUCUAGCGCUCUUUCUGCCAGAGGUGGUCUGGGCAUCUCUGGGGGCUGCCUGGAUAGCAGAUGGAGUUAAGUGUGACAAGACUGUUGUGAAUGGCGUAAUUGCAGCUGUCGUUGUCAGUUGGAUUAUCAUCGCCUCCACUGUGGUUACCAUUAUCAUUGUCUUUGACCCACUGGGGGGGAAAAUGGCUCCAUAUUCCUCUGCUGGUCCCAGUCACCUGGAUAGUCAUGACUCAAGCCAGUUAUUUAAUGGCCUCAAGACAGCAGCUACCAGCCUGUGGGAAACCAGAAUCAAGUUCUUGUGCUGUUGCAUUGGGGAAGACGACCAUACUCGAGUUGCUUUUUCGAGUACGGCAGAGCUUUUCUCAACCUACUUUUCAGACACCGACCUGGUACCCAGCGACAUCGCAGCGGGCCUCACCCUUCUCCAUCAGCAACAGGACAAUAUCAGGAAUGAGCAGGAGCCUGAUGAGGUGAUCAGCCAUUCCCCAGAGCCCUCACAGGAUGCUGAUCUGGACGCAGAGUUAGAAAACUGCCAUCAUUACAUGCAGUUUGCAGCAGCUGCCUACGGUUGGCCCCUCUACAUCUAUAGGAACCCGUUCACAGGACUCUGCCGGAUCGGGGGGGACUGUUGCAGGAGCAGAACAAGCGAAUACGAGUUGGUUGGAGGUGAUCAGCUCCACUGCCAUUUUGGCUCCAUCCUGCAUACGACGGGCCUGCAGUACAGAGACUUCAUCCACAUAAGCUUCCAUGACCAGGUGUAUGAGCUUCCCUUUCUGGUGGCUCUGGAUCACAGGAAAGAAUCUGUUGUGGUUGCUGUGAGAGGAACCAUGUCUCUCCAGGACAUCCUCACUGAUCUGUCUGCCGAGAGUGAGACCAUCGACUUAGGCUGCGAGGUGCAGGACUGCGUGGCACACAAGGGAAUUUCACAAGCUGCCAGAUACGUUUACCGACGACUCAUCAACGAUGGCAUUUUGAGCCAAGCAUUCAGCAUUGCUCCCGAGUACCGGCUUGUCCUUGUGGGGCACAGCCUGGGGGCUGGUGCUGCAGCCCUGCUGGCCCUAAUGCUGAAGAGCGCGUACCCACACGUCAGAUGCUACGCCUUUUCCCCUCCCCGCGGGCUGCUGAGCAAAUCCCUUUAUGAAUACUCCAAGAGCUUCAUUGUGUCACUUGUCCUUGGGAAGGACGUGAUCCCCAGGUUAAGUGUAACCAAUUUGGAAGAUUUAAAGAAGAGAAUCUUGCGAGUGAUUGCUCACUGUAACAAGCCUAAGUACAAGAUCUUGCUGCACGGGUGCUGGUAUGAGCUGUUUGGAGGGGACCCUGAUAACUUCCCAACAGAGCUGGAUGGGGGCAACCAGGAGGACCUGACGCAACCUCUCCUCGGGGAGCAAAGUCUGCUGAUGCACUGGUCCCCAGCCUACAGCUGCUCCGAUGACUCCCCACUGCACUCCCCAUCCAAGUAUCCUCCUCUCUACCCCCCCGGCAGGAUCAUCCACCUGGAGGAAGAGGGCCCUUCAGGCAGGCUUUGCUGCUGCUCUGCUGCUCAGUAUAGUGCCAGGUGGUCACAGGAAUCAGAAUUCAGAAGGAUCCUCAUAGGCCCCAAGAUGCUGACAGACCACAUGCCUGACAUCCUGAUGCGAGCCCUGGACCACGUGGUCUCAGACAGAGCAGCCGAUGUUUCCUGCUCAGCACCGGAAGCCUCCCGUGUGCACAUGGUGUAGCCCCAGCUUCUGGAAGCCGCUGCAGGAACACAGGCCCUUGCUUUUGUUCUUACACUGAUUUAGUAUCUGAGUGAUUCCUAUCAUGCCAGUAAGUUGGAUUUUCAUCAGCGGGAAUCGGAGGGUUACUACAUUCAGUGGUCUCCUAAAUGACUGGGUAACUUCCAGGAAAUCAGUUCGAUCGUAGUGGAAUCUGGAGCUAAGGGAGAGCCUCGAGGUGAUGGGACCCCGGAGCAUGAGAACGAACAUGCAGAAAGCCUCAGAAGCUGUUCCCAUUGGCCUGCCAGUCCUGGCCCUGAGGAGGGUGGGAAGCCAGCACCCGCUUUUAAGGCCCUGACUGGGCUUAUGGGAUUCCACAUCUAAGGUAACCCCUUUCACCAACGGGGCUCAUCCUGAGACCGUUGAGGAGUCUGACAUUGGCUUACAGGUUUGCCGUUUUCCUGGCGACACAAACAACUACUCUGAGUUGUGAGGAUAGAGAAGCAAGUGAGAUGCCCUUCAGAGAGCUGAGUUUUCUUCUGGGUGGCCCCAAGGGUCAGCCCUGAGCUCCGAGUGGGGAUCAUCUCGCAGCCUCAAGACAAAGACCAGGUCAGGAAACCAGUGGCCACGCUCCCUAUGCUGGCACCCUUGCGGCCUUCAGCACUGGUCCUUGUUACACACCUCAUUACAGUGAGGAGUGGAUGUGGCUUCAUUCUCAUGUAACGUUCCGGUUCUUUGUGGCUGGCCAGUGUGUUCAGAGGGAGUUAAAGAAAUAAAGCACUUACUGGCGACACCUGUGCCCACUGUGCAGCGAUGUGCUCUCCUCUGUCUUUAGGCAGGUCUGUUUACUGGGUUGUUUCACAGCAGUCCUGUUCGAGAUGUUUCUGUGUUCUGUAAACAAAGUCUUAAGUUGUCCUGGAGUUCUAGCCAAAGACUGCAGAUUGUACAAGCACCACAUUUCAAUCCCCCCUAGAGCCCCAAUAAAAUGACAGUAAUGGGAUUUCUUUUAAAAGCAUAAACCCACAAGGAUGGAGAAAAGGAGACAAGAACAAUUAAAUUUUUGGAGGCUGGAAAUCAGAUGGCCAGAUAUAAACAGAAUCAUAAGCAGGUAAAGAACGCCAGGAACUAACCCUCUGAAAUAGGGGUGAGGUGGCUUACUUGGAAGUGGGACGAACUCUGGCCCCUUGUUUGCUUAGGCGGGGAGACUGGGAACCAGCACAGUUGAGGGCAAGAGAAUGACUUUCCUGGACUCCUAAACUCACUUUUCAGGGAGAAGAUUGUCCCAGAAAAUCUGACCUCUAGAGACAUCUUCCUCAGGGCCUCUCCCCUCAGCUGUCCCAGCCAGAUCACCUCACAUCUGUGCUGCUGAAAACCUGCACAGGGCUGCGAGUUUCAGAUACUUUUGUAAUAUACAACUGAAAGAGCAUGGCAAUGUCCAAUCGUUUCUUUUCUACACAGAAUUCCAGAGGCAGCUAAUCUGGCACCCUGGGUAGUGCUGCACUAACGUAACCUACUCAUGUGCCACUUCCAGUCUGCUUUUCAGGUUCUAAACCCUUAAGCAGGAGCCAAGGGUUGGUAGACACUUGAGGAAACAAAGCAGACACAGGGAGGAGCUUCCAGCUAUCCUAGUUUGCUGCAUAACAUGCAGUUAGUUACAUGGAGACCCAGGAGGCUAAAAAAGAUUUUAGAGAGUAAAAAGAGCACUGGAAAUAAAAGCACGAUAGAUAAAAAGGAAGAGACAAACUGGGGAAUGGGAGAGGGUCAGAGACCAUUCCAGGAGAUCCAACACUGAAUAGUAGUUUUAGAAGAAACAGAAAACAGUAAGACAUGAGUUUCCAGAUGGAAAGAGCCCACCAAGUAGAGUGCUGUGGAUAUAGAUAAACUCUAGGAUACGGGAGAAAGGGGAAAUUCUUCAAGAUUGAUAAAUAGGGAAAAGUACACCUCAGUGCGAGGGAAAUGGCUAUGGAAGACAAUGGAAAAACUUCCUUCAAAAACCUGAAGAAAAGUUUAUGUAUGACCUACAUUUUUAAACCCAGGCAAAUGUAUCAGGGUAGAAUAAAUUCAUUUUCAAAGAUGCAAAGGCUAAAAAGUACACUUUUCCACACACAGUUUCUCAAGAAGCUCUGGGAGAAGCUAAUCAAGAUGAAAAAGUAAAUGAACAGGAAAUGGUGUAAGAAAUAAAAGAUCGACACACACGAGAGAUGAAGGCCAGAUGACUGAGAGACUAGGAAAAUGGAAACUGAUAAAAUAUGUAAUGUAGCUGAACAUCUUGAGAUUUACAUAGCAGACAAAACUAAGCAAAUAAAGCAUGAUCUCAGAGGAAGGCAAAAGUUGUGGAGGAAAAGGUCUGUACAACUCAGUAGUGAACACCUUACACAGUAGUAAUGUAGACAUCAAAUGAGAGCCAAGCAAGAUUGUUACACUGAGGGAUGGAAGGGGGGGGGGUGUGCUGAGAGGACUGUGUAAGUGGGAAGAGAAAGCCCUUGUGUUUUCCAGAAUGGAAGGUCAGUAGUGAUGGCUAACGCUGAAAAAUUCAACUGUAAUUUAGACACGUGGAGGUAAAUACCAAGAACUGAAAGUAGUUGCCUCUGGGAAGGGUGUAAAGGGGGGACUGCUGUUUUUGUAACAAACCACUAUUUGACCUUUAAACUACGUAUUUUUGAUGUUAAAAAACUAAAAAAUAUAAAUCUUCAAAGCAAUAAGGAAUAUUUAGAAAAUUGACUAACACUGUGAACUUUUUAUAAUACAAUUCUAGGCUCUAAAAAGGAUCUUAGGGUCACAUAGUUCAGUUACCACCCUGUCGAGCUAUGCCCUGAUGCCUUGUACAUCUGCAGGACCAGCCCAGACCUCUGGCCCGGGAUGUGCACUCACAUGCACGCAUACACACGUACGCCCCAACUGCUGGCUGUCUCCAUGUGAGCAUCUCACCAUCACAGGUCCACACCCUCCCAACACCCCCACCACCACACUUACAUUGUUUAACCAUUGAUGCACCCAUCUCCCUGUGAAAAGGAAUUUCUCCAGGGACCCAGGGCUUUAAAGUGAGGCAAAUGACACACCAGGAAGUUUUCACCAAGUUCUCAAAAAUUCAAGUAUUAAAUCUGGAGGACAUUAAAAACCAAACAAACUCAUUGCCAUCAAGUCGGUUCGACUCAUCAACGACCCUACAGGACAGAGGAGAACUGCCCCAUAGGGUUUCCAAGGAGCACCUGGAGGAUUCAAACUGCUGACCUUUUGGUUAGCAGCCGAAUUCUUUAAUUUUUAUCGUGCUUUAAGUGAAAGUUUACAAAUCAAGUCAGUCUCAUAAAAAAAUUUAUAUGCACCUUACUAUAUAUUCCUAGUUGCUCUCCCCUUAAUGGGACAGCACACUCCUUCUCUCCACCCUCUAUUUUCAUGUCCAUUCAGCCAGCUCUGACCCCUCUGCCCUUUCAUCUCCCCUCCAGACAGCAGCCACCCACACAGUCACAUGUGUCUACUUGAUCCAAGAAGCUCACUCCUCAGCAAUAUCAUUUUCUAUCCCAUUGUCCAGUCCAAUCCCUGUCUGAGGAGUUGGUUUUGGGAAUGGUUCCUGUCUUGGACUAAUAGAAGGUCUGGGGACUAUGACCUCCGGGGUCCUUCUAGUCUCAGACCAUUAAGUCUGGUCUUUUUACGAGAAUUUGAGGUCUGCAUCCCACUGUUCUCCUGCUCCCUCAGGGGUUCUCUGUUGUGUUCCUUGUCAGGGCAGUCAGCGGUUGUAGCUGGGCACCAUCUAGUUCUUCUGAUCUCAGGCUGAUGUAGUCUCUGGUUUAUGUAGCAGCCAAACUCUUCACCACUAUGCCACCAGGGUCUCCUGGAGGACAUUUAUGCUUAGUGAAAUAAGUCAAUCACAAAAGGACAAAUAUUGUAUGGUUCCACUAUUAUAAAAGAAUAUACACACAGAAAGCAAAAUCCUUUGAUGGUUACCAGGGAUGGGAGUUCACUUUCUAGAUAGCAGGCACUUGUUACAUUUGGUGAUGGGAACGGCAAGGAUGAAGUCAGCACAACCUGACCAAAGUAAACAAAAACACUUAAGAAGUACAUGAGAAAAAGGAACAAUUUCAGUAGAUGCUACUAACAUACACAAUAUUGCAACAGUAAAGACAACCAAAAGUGUGUGUGGUUAUGUGGAUGUGGGUGCACAUAUAUGUAUAGAAAGCGUAAGUGCACGUGCAUGUAUAGGUCUAUCUGUAGGCCUAUGUAUAUACACAUUUGUGUGUGCUGCCUAUAAAUCCACAUAUAUAAAAAACCACAUGGGGCACAGUCAGAGAAGCUUCUUAGACAUAGCCAAACAACUUGCAGGACUGGUUUACUGGGUUCAAAGACUUGGGAUCACAGUCUCAAGGGACAGCUUAAAUCAUCUGGCAUAAUAACACAGUUCACUCACAAGGAUAAUGCUUUACAUCCUAGUUUGGUGAGUAGCAUCUGGGGUCUUAAAAGCUUGCAAGCAGCCAUCUAAGAUACAACUAUUGGUCUUCACUUAUAUGGAGCAAAUGAGAAUGAAGGAAAACAAAGACUCAAGAAGAAACUAGCCUAUGGGAGUAACAGCCCACAUGAAACACAGCCUCUUCUAACCUGAGACCAGAACUAGAUGGUGCCCAGCUAUCACUACCGACCAUUCUGACCAGCGACACAAUAGAUGGUCCCAGAUAGAAUGGGAGAAAAAUGUAAAACAAAAUCCAGAUUCCCAAAAAAGGCCAAACCUACUGGACUGCUAAGAGACUAGAGGAACCCCCAAGACUAUCAGCGUAAGAUAACCUUUGAGCUUGGAAUUGAAGCUAUUUCUGCAGGGGACCUUUCAGCCCAAUGAUAGAUUGGCUUAUAAAAUAAAACUAUCACCCGUGAGCAGUGUGCUCCCUUCAACAAUUAUAUGAAACCAAACAGUCAACAGUUAACCAAAAGCAAAGAUGAGAAGGGAAGGUAAGCUAGAUCAGUGAAACGACAAUGGAAAUAAUGAAAACGCUGACACACUGUAAAAACUGUAACCAGUCUCACAGAACAACUUGUGUAAAAACUGUUAAAAGGGGAGUCUAGUUUGCUGUGUAAACUUUCACCUAAAAUAAAACAUUGUUUAAACAAAAAAAGAGGCAUACCCUCUGCAAGCUCCCCCCCCGCAAAAAAAUUCAAGUAUUACCAUUCAUAUGAUUCAAGGAUUUAUUAAGUCAUACAUGCAAAACAUAGUGCUAAUUGCAUUAGCAAAAGAUCAAUGUAAAAACACUCCACAAUUCUGCAACUGUCAAUUUAAAAAAUUUUGUUCUAGUGGUUCAAAGGUCCAACAUGGUAUUCUUGCCAGUGUGUAAGGUGUACAGAACAUCGUUAGCACUGAGUUUACAGAACCUCACAGACCCCAAGAAACCAUUUUAGGAAAAGCAACAACAGGAAGUGUGUCCAUGUAGGUGAGGUAAGGCGGAGGGUCAGUAUUAGUCAAGUUACAGUGUUGGCAAUCUGGCAAGACAGUGAUGUUAAGAAGGUUCAUAGUUUAAGGAUAGCUAAAAUAUUUUAAAAACUGUAAAGCGGCAACACAGGAUCUCUAUACCUAGUCACUAGGAAACUAAAAAGGAAAGCACUUAUUAGCGUUGAAUAAAGUAACGUGAAAAUGGAAUGCACUGACCUCGUCUACAGAAAACCAAAUUCUAAUUCAUUAUCAGAAAAGUUUUAUCAUACAGGAGACGUAUUGCUCAUUGAGAAGAGAUUCUAGAAGGAAAGCACUUAUUAAGUUAGCAUCUGUGGGAAUGACCAAAGGUGAAUUAAAUGCCCAAGUGUGAGGGAUGGCAGGCGCAGGAGAAAGGAAAAGCCGAAGAAAACACUCACUGAUACUACCGACCUUUCUGUAUCAUCUACUGUAUUGGACAGAAAUUAACCUUUACAAGAUUUUACCCGUGACGCUUUUAUUCAGUUUCAUGAUUCCAUGUACAAUGUAGUGUAAAUCAAUCGCCACUUCAUAUUUUGUCAAAAUACUGUCUUCAUCCUUUGAUCACAUCAAGUGUCCCCCACACUCCACCCCAGCAGAAUACUUCAUCAGAGGAAACACGUGGACAAGAUCUCUGUUCAAAAUCUCAGCAAAAGCUAACAAACUAAUAGUUUAAAAAAUUUCACUACAAAAUCAAAAAGAUUGAUCCAAAAGGUUGAGCUGUUAGACUCAUUCCAUUACAACAUACAGUACAAGGUUACGUUGUGAACGUGGGCUGAUAAAUUACUGAAUGCGUUAAAUGGCAACAGUUCACUAAGGAGGCUGUAACCGCUUCAACAUGUCUGAAAACCAGUCAGAAAGUGGCUGCGUUUACUGACAUCAGAAGCUACAGUCUUUAAAGACAAAGGUCUUUCAAACAGUUUAGUGCUUAGUGUUUGUAGCACAACAAUGCGACUUAAUUCAGAGGGUGUUUUGGCAACUCUUAAUCUGAGCAAAAUAGGGGCUUUUGAAAAAUAAGGCUUUAAUAAGGCUUGUCGUUUUAGGGCUAAAUUUUAAUAGAAUGUGAAAGUUCAAACUCUUAUGCUUUCAACAAAACCUUGAAAUUACUGAUUGGUUCAAAAUGGUUUUAUGGAAAAACUAAUCUGUAACAAAAACUUGGCAUUGAGUGCGAAGGCUCCACUGUUUUUGAGCAAAGCAUACAAAGGGUCAGGGGGCGGGGCAAGGAUGGGGGGCUCUGGCAUUUACAACAGCAGGCAUUUUCUCUUCCUCUUCUUGACAGGGGGUGGGCAGAGGACGGCUCUGAUGGCUUCAUCAAACACUGUCUUGAGGCCUCGCUGCGUGAGCGCUGAGCACUCCAGGUAUUUUACAGCACCUGCCGGGAAACACGGCCAUUACAGCCCGGGGGUUCACACUCAGAUGACUCUUAUCAGAAUAAGGCCAAGAGGCUGCUCCCCUGGGCCUGGCACCUCUGCCCGCCGCACAGCAUGGCAGAGCCAACUUCAGACCCUGCCUUCACCUUCCAAAUGCUACCACCCAGACCCUGUAAGGUCCUGGCUUAGCUGGUUCCCCAAAAGUCAGCCCAACCCCGAGCAGGAGGAACACACACGCUUUAUCUUCCCAGACAGAACCCGUGUCCGCCACUAAAAUCACAGCUGCAAAGCAGACAGGGAAAGAGAAAAGGGAGUUUCAUACCAAUCUCCUUAGCCAUUGCUAAGCCCUGGGGGUAGGUGAUGGGAGUCAGCUUCUUCUCUUUCAGCUUCUCAAUCGUGUCUUUAUCAUCCCUCAGAUCAAGUUUAGUUCCCACGAGGAUGAUGGGAGUGUUGGGACAAUGGUGUCGCACCUCAGGAUACCACUAGAGGGAGAAAGGAACCAAGGUCAUUUCCAUCUCCUUUAAAAACUCCCUUCACCUAUCUCUACAUUAAAGCCACCAGGUGCCACACGGUGUGACUAUCUCCACCCAUCACUGCCUUCUCAAGGGCACCUCCAAGCAGGAAACACGUUCUGCUCCUCAGCCUCGCUAACAUCCAGUCACACCUUACAGAACCACAAGGAAUACCC